AUGUCGGCAAACACCGAUGACAAUGAAUUCGUUGAGCCUGAAGAUGGGUAUGCCGACGACGAUCUUCUCACUUCUGAUGAUCUUAGCGUGAGCAUGUCAUCGGGAAUGACGCCGUCUCGAAGUUUCCUCGAAACGACCGAUUUCGAGUCCGAACUUGGCGGUGUCGAACCAUUUGAAGAUUCCUAUUCCGAUAUAUCAUCGCAUGAAAUCGUGCAAGUGAUUGCCGAUGGCGAUCGAGUUGGAAGGCCGAUUAUCGUCGUCUACGCCUAUCGACUGCCAUCGAGUAAAGAAAUUGAUCAUAGUCGAUUAUUACGAUACAUGCAGCAUAUAUUCGACAAGGUGGUCGAACUCGAUUACACGAUCGUCUAUUUCCAUUACGGCCUUCGAAGUCACAACAAGCCGCCGAUUCGAUGGUUGUUCCAAGCGUACAAGAUGCUCGACAGACGAUUCAAAAAGAACCUCAAAGCGCUCUAUGUCGUCCAUCCGACAAAAUUCAUUCGAAUCAUUUUCAAUUUGUUCAAAAGUUUCAUCUCGAGCAAAUUCGAGAACAAAUUCCACUAUGUGAUGUGCAUCGAUGAGCUCGAAUCGGCGUUGAGUGUCGCGCGAUUGAAUCUGCCGACGCCGAUUCGCGAGCACGACAAAACGUUCGCGCAAGUGAGCACGACGCCCGAAACGCCGCCAACGCAACCAUUGCCGACGCAACAAUUCGGCGUCCCAUUGGAAUUGUGA